AUGACUGAACCAAGUCCCAACGACAAUCAGCAUAAUCCGAGUCCUUCUGACUUGGAAAAGACUGAUAUGAAGCAGAUUCAGGCAGUUGAUGUCGGAGCGUCGAUUCUCAACGGAACAGUUGACCAACUGCAAGUCCAGGAUGGCGAAGACCGAAGUGUUCUCCGGAAGAUUGACCUAUAUUUACUUCCCAUCCUUGCCUUCACUUAUAUGAUUCAGUUCCUCGACAAGUCUUGCAUCUCCUACGCUGCACUAUGGGGCAUGAAAACAGAUGCUCACCUGGUCAACGACCAGUAUUCUUGGCUCACAACUAUCUUCUACCUGGGAUACAUGGCGGGGGAAUUUCCUAUCAAUUUCCUCUUCCAGAAAUUUGACAUUGCGCGCACGUGUGGUAUUUUUAUCAUUCUUUGGGGCAUAGUUCUUCUAUGCAUGACUGCGGGUCAUGACUUCCCAGGUCUGGCUACGGCACGCCUCUUUCUUGGAAUAUUGGAAGCAGGAGUGAGCCCAUGCUUUGUCCUUCUGACGGCGAUGUUUUAUCGAAGAUCAGAGCAGCCCCUGCGAACAUCUAUCUGGUUUUCUAUGAAUGGAGUUGCAAACAUCCUUGGUGGGCUCAUUGCCUAUGGAAUUGGCCAUAUAAAUUCGGCUCUUCCGGCAUGGAAAUAUCCAUUCGUAAUCUUCGGCUCUGUGACGAUUCUUUGGGGCGUAUUCUUUGUAAUAAUAACCCCAUCUAACCCGACCAAGGCCAGAUGGCUCUCAGCGAGGGAGAAGGAGGUUGCAACGUUGCGCGUUCUUCAAAACGAGACAGGCAUUGACAACAAAUCUUUCAAGAUGGAACAAGUAAAGGAGGCCUUGCUUGACGUUCGAUUCUGGUUGAUCAACCUUCUCUGUCUGGCCAACACUAUUCCCAACGGCGCCGUGUCUGCAUUUGCCCCGCUCAUUGUGAAUGGCCUCGGAUUCUCGAAAUUACACUCGACUCUACUCGGUAUGCCAUCGGGUGCAUCACAGGUCUUAGGGUUAUGGAUCUCGGGCUACUUGGCCUCUCGGUUCAACGGUAUACGCCAUUUUCUAAUGAUUGGUGGGCUACUGGUUGCUCUCCUCGGAGGAGUCCUGAUCUUUGUCCUUCCUGACUCCAAUCGUAUUGGCCGAUUACUCGGUUAUUAUCUACUCGUCGGUUUCAGUGCUACUUUUGUCAUAUCCUUGACCCUACUGCAAUCCAAUGUGGCUGGUCGUACCAAGAAGACGAUUUUUACGUCUGCUUUCUUCGUCAGUUACUGCGUUGGUAACCUUAUCGGGCCUCAACUUUUCUUCGAGCGAGAGGCUCCUCGAUAUCAGUCCGGAUUCGCGUCUAUGAUUGUGUGCUUUGCGGUGCAGAUUAUCAUAGUCAGCGUGAUGUACGUGAUCAAUGCAAGAGAGAAUAAAAGACGCGAUCGUCUCGAUGUAAACGCUUCCGAAAAUGAUCAAACAGCAGUUGUAUCUGCUGGCCUAUCGGAUGUGACAGACGUUCAAAAUCUUCACUUCCGAUAUGUCUUGUAG